CCCAGUCACACCCUGUACUGCUCAAACUUGCCCGACAAGCUCCAAAAGGAUGACUUGAAGCGCGCUCUGUACAUGCUCUUCUCCGUCUAUGGCUCCAUCCUCGACAUCGUCGCCAUGAAGACCUCGAAAAUGCGCGGCCAAGCCCACGUCUUGUUCCGCGACGUCUCAUCCAGCACACAAGCCAUGAGAGCUCUACAAGGCUUCGAGUUCUUUGGCAAGGAGAUGAGAAUCACAUACUCGGCGACAAAGUCUGACACACUUGCCAAACUCGACGGCACUUACAAACAGCCUCCUCCUCCUGAAGCCCCUGCCGCAGCACAGCCAAACAGUCUCCAGCAGUCAAUCUUCUCAGGUGCUCCAGGCGCCUCUACUGCUCCUGGGGCCACUGCCCCGCUAGCUCCGCCUCCAACAAUCGACCCGGCUGCCAGUGUCCCUGCCCAAACAGCUGGUGUGAAGCGACCCAGGGACGAAAGCGAUGACGGAAAAGAGGAAGAAGCUCCUAUGGAUAUGGACGAUGAAGCCAUGGAAGAGAGCGACGAUGAAUAG